AUGACCAGGCAUAAUGUGCGGCAGAAUAAAGACUCAAGUAUGACCUAUAUCCGAAGGAGGUCGAGGUCGAAGUUGCGGGCGAUCAGGAAGAGGCUACAUGACUUCCUGAUAAAUGCACGCAUGCUGCCUGCCAGACAAGAGAAAGGAGAGCUCACAUCAACUGACAGCCCGGUUGUCGUGCCGAGAAAAUCUGACAUACGUGCGGCAGAGCAGCCCCAACGCCCACACGGCCUUGGGCACCAAUGUACUGCCGUACGACGAUCAAAUACGGCACCAGCCACGUAUGGACAUGUCCUACCAAUUGCAUCGGCCCAAACGAAUGCAAGUUCCCCCCCUAAAGGAAUGGUUGAUUCUCGAAGGGCGGAUGCUCAACCAUGGGUGGUGACAAUCCAUAUACAUUUGAACCGAGAUCUACCCCAUGAGACUGAGGUCUGCCGAUGUAUGCUUGAUACCGGGUCUGACCUCAAUCUGGUCUCUCAAAGAACCUUGCGUAACCUAAAGCUGCAAUUCACAGUCCGUAAAGGACCCACACUGACAGGACUUGGUAAUGUCCCAAUCGUCCCAGUUGGCUUCAUCAUGUUGACCUGGCACGUCAAUCGCCACGAGGGAUUCACCUACUACGACCAAUUCUGGGUCAUUUCAGAUGACGUGCAACCUCUUUUCGAUGUUCUCUUAGGUAAACAUUGGAUCAAAGACAACAAGGCCCUUCUGCCCAACCCCGAAAUUUUGAUGAUGCGCUCUCUCGGUUGGAACUUUGCGUCGUCUUCAGUGCAGCAUGAUGCAUGA